AUGGCAAAGGAAAUUUCCAGCGUUGACUUUCAAGUUAGGGCAUUUUUCUACCCUAUGUCUCACCCCUACGUUCUCCCUCCAGCCUUGCAAAUCCAAGUGGAGGAGAAAGAAGAUGAUACUGAGGAAAGUUCAAGCGAAGAGGAAGAGGAGGAAAACAAACUACCUCGAAGAGAGAGCAUGAGACCAAAGAGGAAACGGACCAGAGAUGUUAUCAAUGAAGAUGAUCCAGAACCUGAACCAGAGGAUGAAGAAACAAGGAAAGCCAGAGAGAAAGAGAGAAGGAGGAGGUUAAAGAGAGGAGCGGAAGAAGAAGAAGAAAUAGAUAAAGAGGAAUUGGAAAGACUGAAGGCAGAGUUAGAUGAGAAAAGACAAAUGAUCGCUACUGUCAAAUGCAAGCCUUGGAAAAUGGAGAAGAAAAUUGAAGUUCUCAAGGAAGCAAAAAAAUUUGUGAGCGAAAAUGAAGGGGCUCUUGGGAAAGGAAAAGGGAAACGGUGGUUUGCAUUUAAGAUGAUGAUGGCCAAGAAAUGGGCAAAAUUUCUCCGAGAUUUUGAGAACUUCAAAGCUGCUUGUGUCCCGUGGGAAAAUAAAAUCAAGGCAAUUGAAAGUCAGUUUGGCUCAUCAGUGGCUUCAUACUUCCUCUUCUUGAGAUGGAUGUAUGGCGUAAACAUGGUUCUCUUUAUCCUGACAUUCAGCCUUAUCAUGUUGCCAGAGUACCUCUGGGGUUUGCCAUAUGGCAGUUUACCUAGGAAAACGGUUCCCAGGGCUGAGGAGGCAUCAGCAGCCAACUUUGGGGUCCUGUAUGACUUCAAUGGCUUGGCUCAAUAUUCCGUCCUCUUUUAUGGCUAUUACGACAACAAACGAACAAUUGGAUGGAUGAAUUUCAGACUGCCACUCUCCUAUUUUCUGGUGGGGAUCAUGUGCAUUGGAUACAGUUUUCUGGUUGUCCUUAAAGCGAUGACCAAAAAUAUUGGUGAUGACGGAGGUGGUGAUGAUAACACUUUCAACUUUAGCUGGAAGGUGUUCACUAGCUGGGACUACCUUAUUGGCAACCCUGAAACAGCAGACAACAAAUUCAAUUCUAUUACAAUGAACUUUAAGGAAGCUAUAAUAGAAGAAAGAGCAGCCCAAGUAGAAGAAAACAUCCACUUGAUCAGAUUCCUGAGGUUUCUUGCUAACUUCUUCGUGUUUCUAACACUUGGCGGGAGUGGAUACCUCAUCUUUUGGGCUGUGAAGCGAUCCCAGGAAUUUGCGCAGCAAGAUCCUGACACCCUUGGGUGGUGGGAAAAAAAUGAAAUGAACAUGGUCAUGUCCCUCCUGGGGAUGUUCUGUCCAACACUAUUUGACUUAUUUGCUGAAUUGGAAGACUACCAUCCCCUCAUUGCUCUGAAAUGGCUACUGGGACGCAUUUUUGCUCUUCUUUUAGGCAACCUGUAUGUAUUUAUUCUUGCCCUGAUGGAUGAGAUUAACAACAAGAUUGAGGAGGAGAAGCUAGUAAAGGCCAAUAUUACCCUAUGGGAAGCCAACAUGAUCAAGGCCUACAAUGCAUCCCUUGCUGAAAAUACCACCGGGCCACCCUUUUUUGUGCACCCUGCAGAUGUACCUCGAGGACCCUGCUGGGAAACAAUGGUGGGGCAGGAAUUUGUGCGGCUGACUGUCUCUGACGUUCUGACCACUUAUGUUACAAUUCUCAUUGGGGACUUUCUCCGAGCGUGCUUCGUGAGGUUUUGCAACUACUGCUGGUGCUGGGAUUUGGAAUACGGAUAUCCUUCAUACACUGAGUUUGACAUCAGCGGCAAUGUCCUUGCUCUGAUCUUCAAUCAAGGAAUGAUCUGGAUGGGCUCCUUCUUCGCUCCCAGCCUCCCAGGCAUCAAUAUCCUUCGGCUCCAUACAUCCAUGUACUUCCAGUGCUGGGCUGUGAUGUGUUGCAAUGUUCCUGAGGCCAGGGUCUUCAAAGCUUCCAGAUCGAAUAACUUCUACCUGGGAAUGCUCUUGCUCAUCCUCUUCCUGUCCACCAUGCCCGUCCUGUACAUGAUCGUGUCCCUCCCACCAUCUUUUGAUUGUGGCCCCUUCAGUGGCAAAAAUAGGAUGUUUGAAGUCAUUGGAGAAACGCUGGAGCAUGAUUUUCCAAGCUGGAUGGCAAAGAUCUUGAGACAGCUUUCUAAUCCUGGACUGGUUAUUGCCGUUGUUUUGGUCAUGGCUUUGACCAUCUAUUAUCUCAAUGCCACUGCAAAGGGCCAGAAGGCAGCAAAUUUGGAUCUAAAGAAGAAGAUGAAACAGCAAGCUUUGGAGAACAAAAUGCGAAACAAGAAAAUGGCAGCUGCACGAGCAGCUGCAGCUGCUGGUGGCCAGUAAUUUUCAUGGAUAUUCCGGAGGCCGAGAAGUGUUCCUCAUCACGCAUUUCUAAGUCAGUGAUUCUCAUGAAGGCCCAGAGGACACAGCAUGAAGAGUUGAUACUACCCUGUUCUAAACCUGAUGGGUUAUCAAGGUCUCGCUGAUCAAUCAAGGCAUCACUUGCCCUAACUGAAAAAAACAAGAGUCUCUACCUUAUUCCAAAUUAAGGAUUUGUUCCCCCACCACCACUUUCUCCCCUGAACCACUCCCCUGACAUUUUCUUUAAUGAAUUGAGUUUAAAAGUGUGUGGUCCUCCAGUAUGGAUCACUAGCUUACUUGCUGGGUUAAUUUAAAAAUCUUUUCCUCAUAUGGACUUUCAUUUUAUACAUUUAUUCUGCCUUAGUUUUCUUAGUCUGGAAAUGGGGAUAUUUCACCCUCUUUUUUUCUUCUAAAUUCAGAAAUAUCUUGAUAAAGUAUUCAUUGUAAUCAUUCAUUAACUCACUUUUUUGAAAUUAUCUUGUUUUCCCUUUUCAUUCUGUCUCCCCAUCCAUGGUUCAUCCACAAAUGCAUACCCCAAACCUUUUUGUUUAUGCUGGAUUCAGUAUGAGAAGAAAUGGGCUUUUUAGAAGAAAAAUCCCAAGUGAAUUAGUGGCCUGAUCAACACUGGAUUGAAGGUCUUGACACCUUGAGGAGGUAUAUGAGUCUUACUUUACUUUAAAUCUAACUUUGUGAGUUAAAAGAAAAAUGACAACAUUAAGUGAGUACUAUUCCAUCACAGUCUGAUCACGACCUCCAAUGACCAUAUCUCCUGAGUUUGGAGUCUAAAAUUCUAUACUUUUUCUUUGCUUUUUUGUUAAGGUUAGGAAAACACAUACUAUUAUAGGGGGGUGAUUUAUACCUAUGUUUAAGCAUUAUUAUUUUGUUAAAAUUUAAAUUGACUUUGACUAGUAACAAUCAAUGCACUCAACCAACUUUGUUUCAUGACUUCAAUUAUAUCUCUUAACUCAGUGUCUCCACCAUUACCCCUACCCCAUCCCCAGCUAAGCCAAUUUGCCUGCCAUUCGCUACAGUUGAUUUACUAAUUUUGUAUUAUUCUCUCUUUGAGUUUUUCCUCCUGGCCACAGAGUGAGCACUCUAUUCUUCUGCCAAUCCAUGUGCUCAUCACUUCCAUCAAACCAAAUUCAAGAUUACUUCCUCUGGUCAAAUUUGCCUGACCAGCCUCCAUUACCAAUCAUAUAACUCUCUUUAUAGGCUCCCUUUGGACUCGCCUGUCUUUAACACAGAGUUUGUUAUUCUACUGAUUUUUCUGUAAUUUGUAAUUAAAAAAAAAUUAGAUGCAUGAAUCAUCUUUCCUAUCCAGAUUGUACACUCCCUAUGAGCAGGGAUCGUAUCUUCUAAUUUUUGUAUGCCUGUUAUAGUGCUGUGCACAGUAGGCACUGAAUAAAUGCUUGUUAAUUAAAUUGAAUCAAUUUAACUUACAGCAGUAGCAUUGUGAAAAGAACCUUCUGUGAUCAGUAUGAAAAAUUUUACUAUGCUGUACAAAAUGGA